AUGCCCUCCUCCUCCGAGGUCGCCAAGGCCAAAUAUCAGGCCAUGCUCGAGCAGGCCAAGAUCAACAACGCGCAUCACCGCACCAACCGCGUCGUCACGACCCGGCACCCGUCCACGGGCGGCUGCGAGAUUACCAACUCGAUUUCCCGUCGUACCAGCCAUAGCAGCAUGGACGUCCCGACCGGUCGAUUCCGUGCCUUUAUCAAGAACCUGGUCUCGCCCCCGGCGUAUUAG